AUGCGGCGCGCGCCCUCGCGUGCCCAUCGGUCGCCGGAGAGCGCUCCCGCGGCGGCCUGCUCCGCCGAUGGUGCCGAUGCCGCUGCGCCGCCGAAGGCGCCGCCGCCGCCUCCUGUGUCGAGGAUGACGUUCGACUUCCCGUGCCGGGAUCGCAGAGCCAGCGGCAGCGCAGCCAGCACGGCACAGCUCGAAGUUCAGAAGCGGGGCCACACAAGCGCUCGCGCACAGUCUUGCUUUUCUGAGAUCGAGCGCGCCUGUCCUGGAGGCCUGGUCCACGUGUCAGGCCUGCGGCACCUAGGACCCCCGCGGGGCGCCCAGCGCGCACUGGGUGCGAUGGCGGCGUCGUGGUCCGGCAUCCUGACUUUGGCGGUGCUGCUGAGCGCAGGCCCGGCGGCGUGGGGCGUCGCCGCGCUCGUCCGGUCCCGGCGCGGGCUGGGCGAGAAGCGGAGUGACCAGAGGCCCGAUGGAGGCGAGGGGGCCAGGCUGGCGGCAGCAAUGAAAUCUCAGAGGCUGCUAAGAGUGCCCUUGGCCCAAGGUGCCCCCAGGGCCAGUUUAGGGCCUCUGGGUUCCUCUGGGCCUCGUGAGAGGUCCUCUGGCCCGGCCUCGUGA